AUGAGUAUAGAAGCAACUUCAUCAUCAGAAAUGACAGGUAAGAUUUUGUUUUUUUUUCAAUAAAAAUUUGAAAUUUGAAAAAGGGGGGCUAUUUUUAGAUACACACAAAACACGAACAAAAUUUAAUCGUUGACAUUGUCUUACAUUAUUCUCGCCCCCAUCGCAUUCAAAAUUUUAUUGUUCUCCCUGUUCUCAAAAAAAUCAAAUCGGCAAAUUUUCAUUCCUGUUGUCAAAAACCAUGUGCCGAGGUGUCAAAUUCUCUCAUGUUUCCCCAACAAAAAAAUCAGAAUUUUCAGAAGCUAGCGAUCGGGAUAGUCGUUUCUCAUACGAAGAAGACGAACAUCCACCGCUAGAAAAUCGUCAUUUGAAUUUGAUUCAUGAAGAAUUGGAGAAACUCAAUAUUGCGACUGAUGUUAUUAAUAAAAUGGAAGUUCAGCUGGACUCGGCAAGAGCAGAAUUUCGGUAAGUUCAUAGGGAGAAAUUCGGUUUUCAGAGAGUCUGGAAGAUUCUCAAGGUUCUCAGGGUUUAUGAGGAAGGGUGGGGAGCAUAUAUUCCUAAACUUCCUGGUACAAAGGGCCGCGAUUUUGAAGGUCCUAGGUAGAUUCAUCAAUUUCAUGGAAACCUAGUCAAAAAUUCUAGAAGAUAAAGGUAGAUCUUUUCACUUGUUUGAAGCCUGGCCAAAAUUCUGAAAGCCUAUCCAUCAACUUCUCUGUAAACCUGACCAAAAAAGAAAGAUCUAUAAAUUCCCUGCUUAAGUCAUCCAUGUUUUUUUCACUGUAUUGACCCUGAUUUGUUUCAAAAAUCAUAAGUCUUAUCAUUCUUUGAACCUGAAAAACGUGACUGAAUAUAAAAAUAACAAAAAACAACUUUGACUAAUCGAUUCGCUUCUAUUUUUACCAAAGUUUCAAUUCUCCCCAAAAAAAACCAGUUUUCAAAUAUUUGCCUUUUCCAGGGAAACUCAAGUAAUGUGGUCGGAAAAGUUGAAAGAGUUAUCGAAACAAUAUUCAAACCAAAUUGCGAAAGCUAGACCUUAUUAUGAAUUGAAAAUUGAGGUUGGUUUUUUGUUCCGGAAAUAGAGACAGAAUAUGAAUUAUUCAUGGAUUAUGUUUUUUUUGUAGGAGCGAAAAUUGCGUGAUGAGUCUCAAAAAGCGGCUGAGCGAUUUGAAAGAGCUACCUCGUUGCUCGGCGUGGCAAAACAACAAGUUUCACUGACACAGGAUAGUUUGUCGCGGCAAACUUCGGUUUUGCCAGAAUGUUUAGAAGUGAGUCAUUUCUUUUUCUGUUUGUUUAAUCAUGAACACUUGGGGAUUAUUUACUAAACAGUUAUUUAUAAAUUUCUUUUGUAAAUUCAGGUUCUUAAUCAUCAUAUUCAACGAGUCAGUGAAGUUGAGGAAGAAAGAAUGAUGGCUGAAGCACUUCAUGCCUCAAAAGCCUAUUCAAUGUUGCAAUUGGCUGAAAAAAUUCGAUCGAUGGAAAAAGACAAUCGGUUGGUUUAUAGAAACCUGAUAUGUUUUAUAUACAAUAUUUUUAUUUUAGCUCGGCCAUCAAAAAAUCACGACACUAUUUCGAAAAACGUCUCGAGUUCACACGCAUACUUGAGUCUCAAAAAGCAUCCAUUUUGAGAUUAGAGUCUGAGGUAUGCACAUUUUUUUUGAAAAGGACCAGGGACCAAUUUCAUUCUCAUUUUCACACAUUCAUUUUUUUUUUCAAAAGAGGAGAGAAAAGUAAAGGAAAGGGAAGCAAAAGAAUAUGUACAAAUACAUCAUUAAAACCACACCGGAAAUAAUGUGCAAAGUAAAAUGUUUGCAGGUUCGGCAAAAGAAAAACGACUAUACAACAUCGCUGCGAAAUUUGGAGAGAAUUAGUGAGCAAAUUCACGAGGAAAGGUCGACCGGAAGUUCGGAUGUUGGAAGUUGUAUUGACAACACGGAAACUGAGAGCAGUUAUGCGGGUUCGGAGUGUAAUGGGAUUCCCGGAAAUCCGCCACCUUAUGCACCAACAGCUCCACCACCGUAUGAAGAUCAAUAUAUUAUUGAGAAGGUUGGUAGAAUUUUAGGAUUGAUCUUUAAUAUGGCAAAAAAAAAUAGUUUUUGAUCUACCUACGAAUUUUCCUCUAGAUUCACGCAUUUUUACAAUUUCAAAAACCAAGACAAUUUUUGAUCACUAAUUUUUAUUGUUCCGCAAAUAACAUUUCAACGAUAACCAGUAAUUUGAUACCAAUUCCAAUUUUCUGGGAAAAAACUUCAGGAAACAAUUUUUUAAAAAAAGAACUACUUUACCAAGAACUUUCAAAAUUUCAAAAAAAUUUUAAUUAUUUGUCAACAAACACUUUAAUGUUUUACUGCACCCAAAAACUAUACAAUUUAUGUACAAUCCAUAAAAAGUAAAGUUUUUGCUGACAUUUUUUGACAGGAAAUUAUUGCGAUUAGCUGAUAAUUCAAAUACGUCACAAAGAAUGCACUUUUCACCCCUUUCCAAAAAUAAAAACUAAUAAUUUUCCUGUUUAGGAUGAUGAUUCGAUGGUGUUGAGCAUGAUGAAAGAGGAGCAAGAAGAGGGAGAUAGUAAGAGAAAUUCUAGAAGUCUUGGCUCAGGCGUCAUUUUGCUCGCUCAACAAUUGAUGGGAACAGUUUCUGAGAAACCAGCAGUUGUUAUUUCACCAACAAAGUAAGUUGAUUUUUCUAAGAACUUUGAAUUGGCAUUCAAGCUGCUAUGAAUGUGACUAUGCAUAUUUCAUUUUUUUGAACGAGAAAAACAAACGCUUUCGCACGUUGUUCCAUGUCGUAAUUGUCCUAUCAUAUCUAGGUUUCUUCAUGUUUUUAUAGCUAACCAAUGAAUUUGUUUCAGAUAUGGAGAAGAAGCAGAUAUCAGUUAUCAUACCAGACCAAUUGGUUUGUCUGAAGGUUCUGAUAAUUCAGAGGUGAGUAUUGUUUUGAGAAAUCUAUAUAUGUAUUGUGAAAUCAUAAUUUAACAAACUUGUGAGCACGUCUAUCUGCUUAUUUAUAAAUGAAUAUGAUAAUUUUUUUGAAAAAAAAAACGAUGUAGCAUGUAUGUUGAAAAAAUGUUAUGAUAUGAAAUCCCAAGAAACCAUUUUAAAUAUUUUCUAGGUCUCCUCACUUGCCUCGUUCAAUAUCGCCGAUGAUGAUUCCGUCUCAAAAAUGUUGAUGAGUCAUUCGGAACUCAUCAAGGUAAGUAUGACCAAAUUAAAAAAAAAUAUCGAAAAAAAAAUGCCAAUGAUGGCCAUAGUUAUUUUAAUCCGAUUUUAUUAAUGCGGGAGAGAGGGUCAUAAACUUUGGUUUAAUAAAUUUGAAUUCAAAAUAUUGAAAGUGAGAGAAAAAAAAUAGACAAAAAAUUAAUUCAAUUAAUUAUGUAUGAAAAUCUUUCGUUUUUCAGGAUAUUGAAAGUGCAACUGAUCGUGUCGGCAACAUUUUAAAACCAACGAUGAAAAGUGUGUCCGAUGUUCAAGCUUGUGUUUGA